CGCUGACAGUUGCACUUUCCAACCUGAAGUUGGUGUUCUAAAACGCAAUAUCCAACUACAGAAAGACACCAUGGUGUCGUAUUUUCAUUGCCAUUUGUUGCUAGCAUCAUUCGUGCUACCAUGCACCUUAUUAGGGGAGGUGAUAUUUCGCUGCCCGAGCUGCACCGCGGAGAGGCAAGCCGCAUGCCCAAAACUCACGGCCACUUGUGUAGAGAUUGUGAGAGAACCCGGCUGUGGCUGCUGUCCGGUAUGUGCCCGGCAGCUGGGAGAAUUAUGCGGCGUGUACACGCCAAGAUGCGCCAGCGGUUUGAGAUGUUACCCGACUCCGGAUUCCGACAUGCCCCUGGAUCAGCUGGUAAAGGGAUUGGGACAAUGUGGGCAUAAAGUGGACGUUGAGCCUACUGUCAGUCUUGAGAACCGAGAACAAAGUGGAGAAGUCUCUGGAACCAAAGUCCCCCCUCAGAGAAAGCAAACAUGCAUACUCAACGUCGCUGUGCACAGGCACAAUCAAAACAUAAAGAAGACCAUGAGGACCAACUGGCUGGAGGAGACGCGUCCCGCACACCCUUGGCCCGACCAGAGCCAUAGCCGAUGUCAGCAGGAGCUGAACAAGGUUCUGGAGGAAAUCUCCAAGAUGACCUUCAUUAACAAUAAGGGCUCGCUGGAGAACCUUUACGAGCUGAAAUUCCCCAACUGUGACAAGGAGGGCCUGUACAAUAUGAAGCAGUGUCACAUGUCCACCCACGGGCAGAGGGGCGAGUGCUGGUGCGUGGACCCUAUCACGGGCGUCCAGCUCCCGUCGUCGCUCAAAGUGAGGGGGGACCCCAGCUGCAGCCAAUACCUCAGCGGCCAGGAGACCAAGCCCCCCACCAUCAGCGCCACUACCGCGCAGAAAUAAAUGUGCUCUCACAAAACCCUCCAGCCAAAACUGGAAGGGGACAGAGUCAUAAGUGAUUGAGUUUUAAGCAUGUAAAAAAUGUAUGUGGUCACUGUGUUUGUGAAUGUGUGUGUGUGUGUGUGUGUGUGUGUGUGUGUGUGUGUGCGUGCGUGCAUGCGUAUGUGGGUGUGUGUGCAUGUGGGUGUGUGGGGAUGUGUGAGCAUGCUCUUUGUCAGUUCUAUACUGUAUGUGUGCACAUGUGGACUGUGUGUGUAUGUCUGUGUGUGCCUCUGAGUGUAUUUGUGUGCGUGU